GCGGGCGUCGAUACGGCGCGGCGGCGGCGAGGGGCGGCGCGGCAGUGCGAGGCGCGCGCGGCACCCGACAGCCGCCCGCAUGCACCGCGCCGCACCGGCCGCGCCACGUGCUGCCGCGCCGCCGCCGCGCCGUGCACCGCCUGCACCGCGCACGGACGAGGCGCCGCCGACCGACGGCGAGCUUCCGCAGUUUUGGAGCGACUUUAUCGCGGCACAGGCGCGCGCUCGCGACCCGCCGCGCGUCGCGUGUUUACACUCCGUGACAGUCCCCGCGGGCUGGAGUGGGCGCGAGCACCAGUGCCGGCACUCGAGGCACUCCCGCUAAUAGGUCGCGGAGCGGUGGCGGCGGCAGGCGAGCGGUGAGCGCGCGGCACGCUGGAGGCGCUGCGUCGCCACUCGCGGCAGAUCGCCGCGCGCCGCGAGCGCCGCGUGCAGUUCACGGAGCGGACGCGGGAUGGCGCGCGCAGCGGAGAUGGCGCCGAGAGCGGCGGCUCGGAGAUGUCGGGGGGCAGCGGCGGCGGCGGCGGCGACGCGCGGCGCCCGUCCACCUGCCGCGUGGAGCUGGGCGCGCUGCUGGCGCCGGAGCCGCGCCCGCUGGACAACAAGGUCAAGCGGCACAGUAUUCAUGGAAUGACGGAGGAGGAGAAUGUGGUGCGGCCGCACCAGGAGAUGGCGGUGCUGUCGCUGGAGGAGAAGAAGUAUCUGCUGGGCGUGGAGCGCGGCGAUGUGGCGGGCACGCGGCGCGUGCUGCAGCGCGCGCGCGACACCGGCCACAUCAACGUCGACUGCGUGGAGCCGCUCGGCCGCAGCGCGCUGCUCAUGGCCAUCGACAACGAAAACCUCGAGAUGGUGGAGCUGCUGCUGGAGUUCGGCGUGGAGACGCGCGAUGCGCUGCUGCACGCCAUCUCCGAGGAGUUCGUCGAGGCAGUCGAGGCGCUGCUCGACCACGAGGAGCGCACGCGGAAGCCUGGCGAGCCUAAUGUUGACAUAUUACAGAGUUGGGAGGCGCUGCCGCCGGAGACGGCGACGUUCACGGCGGACAUCACGCCGCUGAUACUGGCGGCGCACCGCGACAGCUACGAGAUCAUCAAGCUGCUGCUGGACCGCGGCGCGGCGCUGCCCGUCCCGCACGACGUGCGCUGUGGCUGCGACGAGUGCGUGCGCUCGCGUCGCGAAGAUUCGCUGCGCCACUCGCGCUCGCGCAUCAACGCGUACCGUGCGCUCGCCUCACCUUCGCUUAUCGCGCUCUCUUCUAAGGACCCCAUCUUGACAGCAUUCGAGCUGUCGUGGGAGCUGCGGCGGCUGUCGGCGCUCGAGCACGAGUUUAAGACUGAAUAUCAGGAGUUGCGCACGCAGUGCCAGGAGUUCGCCACGGCUCUGCUGGACCACACGCGCACCUCGCAUGAACUGCAAGUGUUGCUCAACCACGAGACGGGCUCGCCACAGGUGCCGCUACCAGAGCCGGGCGCGCCUGAGAGAAUGCGCCUCUCUAGACUUAAACUUGCUAUAAAACUAAGGCAGAAAAAGUUCGUGGCGCACCCAAACGUGCAGCAGCUGCUGGCGUCCAUCUGGUACGAGAGCGUGCCGGGGUUCCGGCGCAAGAACAUGCUGCUGCAGGCGGCGGAGAUGGUGCGCAUCGGCGCCAUGUUCCCGCUGUACUCGCUCGCGUACAUCGUGGCGCCGCACUCCUCCGCCGGCCGCACGCUGCGCAAGCCCUUCAUCAAGUUCCUGUGCCACUCCGCGAGCUACUUCAUGUUCCUAUUUCUACUGAUACUGGCAUCGCAGCGAAUAGAAACCGCGGCAGGAGGGUUGCUAUGGGGCGCUGCGCCACACGGCGAGCCCCUGUCGCGGCGUGGCGCUCCGCCCUCACUCGUUGAAUGGCUUAUCCUUGCGUGGGUUAGCGGUUUGAUAUGGAGCGAGGUGAAGCAGCUGUGGGACAUGGGGCUGCGGGAGUACGUGCACGACAUGUGGAACGUGAUCGACUUUGUGACGAACUCGUUGUACGUCGCCACGGUCGCACUACGGAUCGUUUCACACUUUCAGGUGCGGCGGGAGAUGGCAGCCGGCAUGCAGUGGAACCAGCCGCGCGAGCAGUGGGACGCCUGGGACCCCAUGUUGCUGUCCGAGGGCCUGUUCUCCGCAGCUAACAUAUUCAGCAGCCUCAAGCUGGUGUACAUCUUCAGUGUGAACCCUCACCUGGGCCCGCUGCAAGUCUCGCUCAGUCGGAUGGUGCUCGACAUCCUCAAGUUUUUCGUCCUGGACAUAUUGGUGAUCUUUGCGUUUUCGUGUGGUCUGAACCAGCUCCUGUGGUACUACGCGGACAUGGAGAAGAAGCGCUGCACGACGGGCGGCACCUCGCUCACCGCCAACGGCACUUUCCCGGACCCUGACGCCUGCAUCGUGUGGCGUCGGUUUGCCAAUUUGUUCGAGACGAUGCAAACGCUGUUCUGGGCGGCGUUCGGGUUGGUCGACUUGGACUCGUUCGAGCUGGACGGCAUCAAGAUCUUCACGCGGUUCUGGGGCAUGCUCAUGUUCGGCACGUACGCCGUCAUCAACGUCAUCGUGCUGCUCAACCUGCUCAUCGCCAUGAUGAACCACUCCUACCAACUUAUUUCUGAGCGGGCGGACGUGGAGUGGAAGUUCGCGCGCAGCAAGCUGUGGAUCAGCUACUUCGAGGAGGGGGGCACGGCGCCGCCGCCCUUCAACGUGCUGCCGUCGCCCAAGUCCGCGCUGUACGCGUGGCGCUGGCUGCAGCGCCGCCUGUGCGGGCACGCGCGCGCCAAGCGCGAGCACAUGCGCACCAUACGGAGGAAAGCCAAACAAGCAAACGAGCGGGAUUACCGUUAUCAGGGCAUAAUGCGCAACCUGGUGCGGCGCUACGUGACGGUGCAGCAGCGGCGCGCGGAGAGCGGCGGCGUCACGGAGGACGACGUCAACGAGAUCAAGCAGGACGUCAGCGCCUUCCGCUGCGAGCUCGUCGAGAUCCUGCGCAACUCCGGCAUGAACACCUCCACCGUCAACGCCGGGGCUCCAGGCGGCGGAGGUGGUAAGAAGAACCGGCAGAAGGAGCGCAGACUCAUGAAAGGGUUUAACAUCGCGCCGGGCGGGUCGCUGGCACCCGUGGACGAGUUCCUGGCGUCGCUGCACCACGAGCACGGCGGCUCGCACGGCGCGGCGCACCACGCCUCGCUGACGGCGCUGCUGGGCACCCGGCUGCGCGCCAGCCAGUCCAGCCUGUCGGACGGGGCCAGCGCCGCCACGCUGGCGGCCGCGCGCCGCAAGCCCACCUCCCACAAGCGUCGCUGGGGCACCAUCAUCGAGGCCGCUCGCGCCGCGCGCGUCUCGCGGCUCAUCGGCCGCUCUAGGUCUGAGGAUUCUGUUUGCGAUCAUGCGCGACAAACACCCAGUGGCAGUGACCGCUCGGACUCGGGCAGCGACUCACAGCGCAGUCCGGAGCGCAGCACGCGCGGCGGCCCGCUGCACCCGCUGUCCGCACUCGCAGCACUCAAACGCAAGCGCAAGAAGUUCUCGGAUUCGCGGCGAGCGGGGGCUGAGGCGCGCGCUGCGGCCGGGCCCGAGGCUCUGCAGCGCGCCAGCUCGGUGCCAGCGCGGCCGCCGCCCGCAGCCGGCCCGCUGCCGCGGCCGCCACCGCCGCCGGCCUCCGUGUCGCCCUCCACCACGGCCGAGAGCGUGGCGGGGCGCGGCGGCAGCCGGGAGCCGCUCCUGGCCAGCCUGGAUGACGACGCACAUAAGGUGGGGCGCUCGCUCGAUGAGCCUGCUCGGGCUUUAGCUGCGGCGGAUGGUGCUGAGUCGCGUGUCGACGAUUCUCAGGAGGCGUGCGGGCGCUGCGGGUACGAGGCGAGCGAGGUGGCGGGGGAGGCUCCGCCCACGGACGACGAGGGCGCGCCGUGCGGGCGCUGCGCGGCGCUGGCGCGGCUGGCGGGCGUCACGCCGCUGCACGGCCACGCGCCGCACCACUCGGCCGGCUGGCUCUAGCUCCGGCGCCAGGGACCCGUCUCCUCACUAUCAUCGUCCGUUCCAGAACAGCACAAUUCUUUGCUAUUUGCACUGCGCUGUAGCUGUACCUACCUAUUAGUUAAAUGAGAGAAGAAAAUUAAUUAAUUAAUCAUAAUUAUGGUGUUUUCGACAAAGAGAAUCAAACAGUAGUUUGCACUGAAUACAUACCGAGUUAAGUACUUAUUUGGAUAAUACUUAUGUAGCACAUGCAGUGAGUGAACAUUCCCACGAAACGUAUUUAAUAUUUGUCAUUGUCAAACACGAAUACCAUCAUAUUGCCUGGGACCCAAAGCUACACUCAGCUGGUAGUAGUACAGCACAUGAGCACCCCAACUAGGCGGCCACAGUACGGUUGACCAACUGUAGAGUAAGGCAUCAGUAGAGUAGAGUGGUACAUGAUCAUGUGUAGUGUAUGCUAACAUUACGUGAACACAAUGUUAUUAUCGAUAUUUAGUGGAUUAUCUUCCUAUAAUAGAUAUUAUAACGAAGACAUAUUUUAUCAAACACCAACUAGUUAAGUAGCUACAAAAUAUUUUAAUGUGUAGGUAGAAUAAGUAUUUUAUUAUAUUGCAUUUGUAAGAAAUUAUUUUAUAUACGUUUUAAGAUAAUUUUAUCUAAAGUACUGGCAGUGGGUUGACUAGCACAACAAUCGACAUAUUUAUUAUUUUGCAGUAUUUGUAGAUAUGUCACGACUACACUAUUUCUAUACUUUGUGGAAAGGACAAACGUUUCUGUGAUAUCAUCAGAAUAACAUUAUAAUGUAAUGCAUUCUACCUCCAGCCCACGACAUGUAGAUACCUAACAGUACUUAGCAGCCGCCUCCGAGGCCCACAUUUAGUUUUCACCGCUUGUAACUCGUAGCACAUUGAGCCUGACACUUCACCGGACUUGUGCUUAUUUAUCCGACAAAGACGCAUCAGUCAACCCCUGUUUGUGUAAGGCGGUUAGUAAUGUAAGGCAUCUACUAAUAGCCAAUAAGUUACUAAAUAUAAUCAUGAUGUGUUCCAAAAAGUUUUCCAAUUAUAAGUUACUCGGUCGGCGCACACUGAAAUAGUGCUACUUUUAUAAUAAGUGAGGACGAACAAUAUGAAACAGGGAUUUUUAAAAGAAACAUGUUAUACCUACUUACCUAAAUAUCCGAUGCCGGUAUGUAAUACCCUGACAUUUUGUAAGACACGUUAGGUUAAGUAGAAGGUAGACGAAUAGCUGUUAAUAAAGUUGUCAUUGUUUUGAAUCGAUUCAAACAUCUCACUGAGUUGGAACAGUUUGUAGUGUUUACAAGUUUUAUUUAUUGAGUAAGAAAAGAGAAUACCUAGUCAAUAUUAAGAGGCAUCAGGAAUAUGAAGUUGUGGACGUGAAGUUGUGACGUGAGUGUCUGCCAGUAUCACAGACGGACGACGAGCGCGUCGUGACUCUCCUCUUACCUAUCCUUAUCUAAGUAGAUACCUGCCGAGAUAUACGGAUCCUACAUAUCUAGAAGCAGUGCACCGGACGGUUAAGUUUAUAUACUACGUAACGUACCUAACGCACAAUAGGUCUGUAACAUUAUGUACCUAGAUCUACAAAUUAAAUUAUUGUGGUUAUCGGCUUAGUUUUUAAAUUUAAAUCUGUCGCGCUGCUACUGAUCAAUUUGUAUACGACAUUUGCGUUUGAUAUAAAAGCGUAUCAAAAAUCCUUUCAAAGGUACCUAGGUACAAUUUUUGCUUAGAUAAUCGGAUAUUGACAUAAAGGUGAAGAAUACCUAUACUACCGUGCAGGCCCUAAAAUGCAGUAGGUAUGAUGAUCGAUUUUGAGAACCGCGAAAAACUUUAACACUCUUUUUUUAUAUUAUUAAUGUGUGGUGUAAUUUUGAUUGCUACGAGGACUAAAUGGCAACAAAGAUGGUAUUACCUAAAACGGUUUUUUGUUUCUUCGCAGCAUUUAAUUGUAUGUUAAUUUAUAUCCCUCAAAUGUUUUUGUAGAAUACAGAUAUUUACUUGGUACAGUGACACACCAUGGUAGAAGUAACGGCCACAACUGUAUUUUAGUUGCAUACAUGCAAAAUUAGGUCUGAAGUAGGAGUCUCUUGCCUCUCCUGGUGACAUCGGCAUGAUUCUGUUUUGAAUGCUGUGUUAAAUGUAGAUUUAAUCAGGUCCUGGUGUUUAAAUAUAUAUACCUAACACAAACAAAAUAAUUUUACUUGGGAUCAGCAAAAAACUGACACUUGAUAUUGCUUCCCUCAAGUGGGCGCCACAAUAUUUUCGUAACAGUUUAAAGCAUCCUAACAAAACCUUGAUUAGAUCUAGGUAUGUGUAUGUUACUGCGUUGUAAAGCUACGAGUUAGGGUCUGCACGGCAGUAUACCAUAGAACCGGUCGUAGAGUGUGAUGCGCUCGUCAGUCUGCCACAUAUCGUAUAUCGUCCCCAUGUACGGCUGCUAUGUAUCAUUGUUUAUCUUAUAGUUCACAAGUGCUGGCUCCGAUGGGCCGGCACGACCAGAGGCCUUCGUGUUUAGUUGUUCGCCGCGGCUCGACCAUACCAGGCACUCGGCCGCGCCGACACAUAAUCGAUUAUAUUUUGUAAAGAAUUGUUAUUUAUUUAUACAUUAUUACAUUAUAUUUGUAUAUAACGGUGCGAAGUUUAAUAAAAUAAGCACUUAUCA